GAAAUGACGGUAAUUAUUAACUCCAUUAUCAUCAACUUUUCUUUAUUUACAAACCCAGAUUCAAUCCAUUACUCUCAUUCUUCUCUCUCGAUCGAUUUUUGUUGCUAUGGCUAAGAGCUCCUUUAAGUUGGAACACCCCCUCGAGAGGAGGCAGGGUGAAGCUUCUCGCAUUAGGGAAAAGUAUCCCGACAGAAUCCCGGUGAUUGUUGAAAGGGCGGAGAAGAGCGAUGUUCCUGAAAUUGAUAAGAAAAAAUAUCUGGUUCCUGCUGAUCUAACUGUUGGCCAAUUCGUCUAUGUUGUUCGGAAGAGGAUUAAGCUGAGCCCUGAGAAGGCUAUAUUCAUUUUUGUGAAGAACAUUCUACCCCCAACUGCCGCUAUGUUGUCUGCCAUAUACGAGGAAAACAAGGAUGAAGACGGUUUUCUUUACAUGACUUACAGUGGCGAGAACACAUUCGGGAUCAUCGAGGCAUACGAUCAAGGGAUAUCCGUGUGAGUGCGAGUCACGAGAAACACAAAAUUGGUCUCAAGAUGUAAAUCCGAGACUCUCUGUUGCUGUGUGUUAAUAUUACCAGUUCAAACGUUGUUCUGAAUUUGGUUACUAAACCAAGCUGGCUU